GUGUUACAAUAAAGUCAUCAGAAUCUGCAUCUAAUGGAUUAACAAGAAUGAAUCAUCUCUCAGCCAAUCGCUCGCAACCGGAGAAAAUCGCUGAAGCCUUUUUCCUUGGAGUCCUUUUAAUGGUCGCUUUUCUUUUGAACAUUGCAAUAUGCCAAGCCAUGAUAUUUCCGUACCGUCUAAAGACGCCUUCAAACUUAUUUCCCUUUUCCUUAGCUAUAGCAAGUUUAUUUCUAAUGAUAUUGCACACCCCUUACGCCAUGGCGUCGGUAAUUAUGGACCGAUGGCCAUUCAACAACGCGUGGUGUCAGACUUCUGGCAUGUUGAUAAAUCUGCUUUCAAUGGCGUCGAACUUUUCAAUAGUAACAAUUGCAAUUCAUCGCUAUUACCUCAUUGUUGAGCCCCUUUAUGCCACGAUAAGCCUGCGCCUAGCCAGGAAAAUUGUUGCUUUUGUGUGGUUCACUUCUUUCAUUACCGCAAUUCCGCCAUUAUUUGGCUGGAAUUCUUACAGAUACGCUCCUGGGAAAGCAUUUUGCACCGUUGAUUGGCAAGAUGGUGGACCUAGCCUGGUUUAUUCAUUUUAUCUGAUGACUGUAAGCUUCUUGGUGCCAUUUGGGAUUCUUAUGUACAUUUACCGCGCUAUUUAUCUCAAGACAAAACGCCAACGGAUGAUUACAGACUAUAAUACCCUCCAAGGACUUCACAGCGAGCAUAUGACGGCAAAGCCGACCGAACGUUCUCGAACCAUCUAUCAAAAGCUUGUUUCUUGGGUCAGACAAAGGAGGAGAAAUUCACAGUAUAGCGUGUCUUCGCCUUCAACUUCCGAGAGAGGUAAUAUAUCUUCUCCAGCAACGUCUGUCUCUUUAUCCUUCGAGGCAUCUAACACUACAGAAAAGGAGAAAGAACUCAAGAGAAAGAAAGAAGCUCUCAAACGCACUCUCACGCGGCAAAGUUCUGUUUACGAGCAGAAAACAGUUCAAAGCGCGUUUCUUUUACUAACAACAUUUCUCGUCAUUUUGUCUCCUUAUUACAUCGUUGGUAUAUGGUCAGGUCUUUCUCAAUCAAGCCCUUCAACGGUAGUAGACUUCAUAGUUACAUAUAUAUUCGUUUCCAUGGCGGCUGUCAAUCCAAUCCUAUACGGCUUCUUUAAUCGCCAUAUAAGGAGAGCAGUAUUGAAAUCCGUAAUAGGCCAAUUAGCUUGUCAAGUUUGCAGAUGCUGUAACGGAGAUUCGGAGAUACGAGGAUCUUAUCCAGUCAAUGAAAGGGAACGUAGAUACAAUGGUCUGGAAUCAGACCGCUGACUUUUCGUAAUUUUGCGGUCUUCCCCCCCAAAAGCGGCAAACUUUCACCAACCAACAAUCACCGCAUUUUUUUUUUUUCGAUGAAACGGCGGCUCUAAGGCUAUUUCUACACUUUGCCUGAUAGCUUGUCUUGCUGACAUGAAAAGCGCAGAACUGGAACAAGUUGAUCACACACAUGGAUCAUUUGGUGCAGUGAAUGCCAAUCCUCAUUUCUGAGGUGUUCCAGUCCUCGCUCCUUAUCAUUUUCUUCCGCUACGGUCCGAAUACCUGUUGGCGCGGCGACAAAGAGUGGUAGAAACCUUUUUGAUAUGUGACGAUCCAACUUUCAAGAUCGGCGCGGCGCUGCGCAGCUUUUUAAUUUUCUUCACUCCGUUGUGGCUGAUUUCCAGUGUCGCGUAAUUUUUACGUGCGUACGUGCAUAAAAUUUACGUUCCCAAAUAAAAUAGAGGCAAUGUAUGAAAGGUCGCUCGUAAGCUUAAAAGUUGAACUUUGCUCAACUUCUUGUUUAAGCUCAGCACUUUUUAUCUUUCAUCUAUUUUGUUUACGUGAUUAAAAUUUACCAGCGUUAACGUGCGUAGUCAAAAACGCGUCAGUGGAAAUCAACCUUUACAGAAAUCGCGUCGAAAUCCACAUUCUUGUGUGAGGUGAACGGAAACCUUAUCAGAUUUAUUUAUCUGAUAUGUUUAUCAUGUCUGCGCAUGCGCUAUCCGGUAGUGUGGACAUAACCUAAAAAAUACGAAGCCUAAAAACUUAUUAAUGUUAAAGCAGUCUUUGACUAUGUUAACGUAGGAUUCACAGUUGUCAGGAAAAGCGAUUAAAGACCCUUUCUUAUUAAUUACAUCAGUUCAGGGCCAGUAUUAACUCCGUUUCGGACAAAUAAUUAUAAGUAAUAAACGCCGGGGGCGGUUAUUGGAUAAAAAACGGUACAUGCAAAAACAAUAAAGAAAAAUUGAAUACCAUAACACCAGUGCAUAACAUGGGCCCUUUUAGAAAAAACUGACAAGUAGAGAACUCGAGAAAAUAUCUGAUGGUUUUGAUGCAGACAACGUAUUGUUAAUAAAAAUUUCUAAGAAAUCAAGUGGCGUUUUCUGGUUUCA